UGCGCACACUGCAAUUGUGGUUAUUUCUCAAUCUACAUUCACGCCCUGUCGGAAAGGAACCAGUUAGACGCUUUCAGUUUCAGAAGCUCUACAGUGUAGAAGACAAACGCCAUGGCCGACAAGAUCCUGAGGGCAAAGAGGAAGCAAUUUAUCAACUCAGUGACUGUAGGGACAAUAAAUGGAUUGAUGGAUGAACUUUUAGAGAAGAGAGUACUGAACCAGGAAGAAAUGGAUAAAAUAAAACUUGCAAACGUUACUGUUAUGGAAAAGGCCCGGGACCUGUGUGAUCAUGUCACUAAAAAAGGGCCCCAGGCAAGCAAUAUAUUCAUCACUUACAUUUGUAAUGAAGACUGCUACCUAGCAGAAAUUCUGGAACUUCAAUCAGGUCCAUCAGCUGAAACUUUUGUUGCUACAGAAGAUUCUAAGGGAGGAUAUCCUUCCUCUUCAGAAACAAAGAAAGAACAUAGCAAAGAAAGUGGCACAUUUCCAGGACUGAGUGGGAGCCUCAAGUUUUGUCCUUCAGAAAAAGUCCAGAAUUUGUGGAAAGAAAAUCCUACAGAGAUUUAUCCAAUAAUGAAUACAACCAUUCGCACACGGCUUGCCCUCAUUAUCUGCAACACAGAGUUUCAGCAUCUUUCUCGGAGGGUCGGAGCUGAUGUUGACCUCAGAGAAAUGAAGCUGCUGCUGCAGGAUCUGGGGUACACUGUGAAAGUGAAAGAAAAUCUCACAGCUCUGGAGAUGGUGAAAGAGGUGAAAGAAUUUGCUGCCUGCCCAGAGCACAAGACUUCUGACAGUACUUUCCUUGUAUUCAUGUCUCAUGGUAUCCAGGAGGGAAUAUGUGGGACAACAUACUCUAAUGAAGUUUCAGAUAUUUUAAAGGUUGACACAAUCUUUCAAAUGAUGAAUACUUUGAAGUGUCCAAACUUAAAAGAUAAGCCCAAGGUGAUCAUUAUUCAGGCAUGCCGUGGAGAGAAACAAGGAGUGGUGCUGUUAAAAGAUUCAGUAGGAGACUCUGAAAAGGAAUUCUUGUCAGAUGCGAUUUUUGAAGAUGAUGGCAUUAAGAAAGCCCAUAUAGAAAAAGAUUUUAUUGCUUUCUGCUCUUCAACACCAGAUAAUGUGUCUUGGAGACAUCCUGUCCGGGGCUCUCUUUUUAUUGAGUCACUGAUCAAACACAUGAAAGAAUAUGCCUGGUCAUGUGACUUGGAGGACAUUUUCAGAAAGGUUCGACUUUCAUUUGAACAACCAGAAUCUAGGCUACAAAUGCCCACCACUGAAAGGGUGACCCUGACAAAACGUUUCUACCUCUUCCCUGGACAUUAAACUAAGAAUCCAGGAGUUCAUUCUUACAUACCUAUCCUGGGAAUCAUGCCAAUGAGAAGCCAAUAAUUCCCUAAAUAAUGCAAUAAAUAUCAAAACAAAACAAAACAAAAUAGAAAGGCUA